GUCAACACGUGUGCAGGCUUGCAGCGUCAGUAGAGCUCAACUAAGGACGUGAAUGUUUGCAUGCUCUCAGGGUAAAGGAACAAAAAACGGAGGGAGUUGACGUCCCCUUCGUACACUGAUGUUUUCAAACUAGGAUCCAUCGAGCUACGAGGACUCUACAUCCACCAUGAAGAAGACGUAGCAGGAGGGCCUUCUUCUCCUUCUUUUGGCGAUCUGACUCAGAAAGUUAGCACAACACAAGGCUAAAGUUGCUGGUUGAAACACAGAUGCACCACAGCGUAGAUUUCUGAGUUAAGGAGACAUGAUUUUCAGGAAAUUUCAAGCAGGAACCUGCAGGGCAUGGCUGUGUCGGGUUUCGUUGAGGCAGGAGCUGUGUUUCUCCUCCUCCUCAACCGUGCCCCCACAGCCUGUGCCCCCUCUGGCCCAGACCCUGCAGGGUUACCUGACUGCCCUGGAGCCCUUGCUGCCCCCGGAGGAGCUCAGUCACACCCGCAGGAUGGUGCAGGAGUUCGGCAGGCCAGGAGGCCUCGGCUCGCGGCUACAGGACGGGCUGGAGAAGAGAGCCAGACUCACCAAGAACUGGAUCUCACCCUGGUGGACGCAAUGGGCAUACUUGGAGAGCAGACAGCCGCUGCCCGUGCACUCGAACCCAGCCAUCUCUCUGCCCAGGAGAGAUUAUAAUGGCUGGAAGAGCCAGCUAGUGUUUGCAUCCAAACUGAUCGCAGCCGUUCUGGACUUCAAGGCCAAAAUCAACACCGGCCAGCUGCCGGUGGAGUACAUGCGAGGGAAGCCUCUGUGCAUGGAGCUCUAUCCGCUCCUCUUCUCCUCCUGCAGGAUCCCUGGCCCCAAACACGACUACGUCGCCCACUAUGGCCGCUCCCGACGCAUGCCGACUCACAUCACCGUCGUCAGGAACUACCAGUUCUUCCAGCUGGAGGUUUACAACAGCGACGGCUCUCGGAUGACGGAGAGUCAGAUCCACAGCCAGCUGCUGAGGAUCAGGUCUCAGUCCUGGAAGACGGAUAAAGAGCCGAUGGGCAUCCUGACCAGCGAGCACCGUCACACCUGGGGAGCGGCCUACAACCGGCUGCUGAGAGAUAAACUAAACAAGGAAUCAGUACGGAUGAUAGAGACGGGACUUUUCUCCUUGUGUCUGGAUUCUCCGGUCAUGAGGAUAUCUGAUGAAAAGUAUGCCAGCCGUAAGGCAGCGCAGAUUCUGCACGGAGGCGGGACGUUCUCCAACAGCGGCAACCGCUGGUUUGAUAAAACACUGCAGUUCGUGGUGGGCGAGGACGGCUCCUGGGGUCUUCUGUAUGAACCAGCCACAGCGGAGGGUCCACCCAUCGCAACACUGCUGCACCACAUCCUCGAGUACUGUGAGAAACCAGACCCAAAGAGAGCGCCGCUGAUCCCUCUACCGAUGCCAAAGAAGCUUUACUUUCACAUAGGCCGAGAGAUAAAGAGGGACAUAGAGAACGCCAAGCAGAACCUGGAUAUACUGAUCAACGACCUCGACGUGAACGUGUUUAACUUCAAGAAGUUUGGAAAGGAUCUCCCCAAGCAGCACAACCUGAGUCCAAACUCCUUCAUCCAGGUGGCCCUGCAGCUCGCCUACUACAGAGUUCACAACGAGGUCUGUGUUGCCUGCGACAUCGCCUCUCAGAGGAUGUUCCGAGGAGGACGGACCGAGUAUAUCCGCUCGCCCACAAAUGAGACACUCAAGUUCAUCCUUGCCUUCGAUGAUCCGUCUGUAUCGCGGGAAGCAAAGAUUCAACUGUUCAGAGAAGCCGUUGAUGCCUACACAGCUCUGACUCAGCAGGUACUCAGAGGAUACGGCAUAGACCACCACCUGCUGGGGCUCAAACUGCAGGCCAUCGAGGAAGGAAUGAGCAUCCCCAAAAUCUUCAUGGACACAGCUUACGGCCUUGCAACACACUGGAAACUGCGGACAGGACAGGUGCCUGCGAACACUGACAGCGUGAUGUGUUUCGGACCCCUCGUUCCUGACGGUUACGCCAUUUGCUACAACCCCCAGGCAGACCACGUCCACUUCUCCAUCACCGCCUUCAACUGCUGCGAGGAGACGCACGCAGAGACUCUAGCUCUCACCCUUAAGAACACUUUGUGUCAGCUACAGGAGCUCCUGCAGCCUACUGUGUAGAGCUGCUGCUGUCCGACGGGAUAAACCCACUCUUCUAAAAAAAAACACUGAUUUUGUUAAAACAACAUUUUGUAGAAGUCUUGAUGAGGCUUAUUUUGGAUGUUUUGCAUACAACGCUUCACUUGAGCGGUUUAAUCUGAGUAACUUUUUGAGGACUGACCACAGUGUCUUUGAGGUGCUUCUGAUGUCUUUUUUUAAAAAAAAGCUUUUGAUGAAGCAAUAAAUCGCUUCCUUUUUCUAGCAAGAGCUGAGCAAGCUGCAUUAUAUAUGCUACAGGGGGUGCAUGUAAAAGGUGUCUCAUGCUAUGAUCUGUCAAAGCAUAACAAAGAACCUAACACUCCAUCAUUAAUCAGAACAAGCCAAAUCAUUUGUGUUUAGCCUCAACGCACUCCUUUUACAAGCCAUGACACAACCAGUACCCUCUGUUGAGCAACAUGUGUUGCAGCCAUGCCAUCAAAGUAAAGUGACAAAUGUUUAAUCAAGUGUGUAUGGAAACCAUUUUUUGGGUUAACAAUUCAGUUUGAAAUGGACCAAAAGCCAGACAGCAGAUUAUUAAUGGUGACAGUGUAAAGAAGUGACAGGUUUUGUUCCUUUUGAGUCGAGCGACCUGAACUUCAGUAUGUAUUUACUGUAAGGUAAAUGAAAGUGAAAAGGCAUCGGCCCCCUCCUUGCUGGGACGUGUUGUUCUCCCUUUAACCCGUAGGACUGGUUAUUAAAGCCUGCUAUCAUAUGA